AUGUCUGGCCGUGCACUGGUGGUGGAGGCACAUAGCCAGCGCCGGCAUGGUAUGCAACGCGCUCGCCCCAAGUCUGCAAAGCCCAGCGAGGGCGUCAUGGAUGACUGGACGCCAGAAUCGGUGAGAGACUGGCUGACAGAGGUGGGCUAUGCGCGUGUCGGCGAAGCCGCACUGCGCGCGGGCGUGUCGGGCUGUGCAUUGCCUUUUCUGGGCCACGAGGGUCUUCGAGAGCUUGGUCUUGAGAGCACUGUGGAGCGUGCAAAGGUGCUUGGCCUGUUGUCGAAGCUGGCUUCACAGUCGGGAACCACGGAGAUGAAAAAGGAGUCGUGCUGGCAUGAACUCCGAAGACCAUUGCCGGAGAUAUCCCCAGACUGCUGCCGAAGCAAGCCCCGUUCCGCGUGGGGCCAGGUGAAGCAAGUCGCGGCCAGGAUAGAUAGCGUGGCGUGGGCAGAUCACAAGAAACCUUGGUUCGAGCACUUGGCAAUGUCAGGUAGGUCUCCGGAUGCAGUGCGCGAAGCUUUAAUGGCACAGCUGGACAGCUACAAUUUGCUGACCCUCCUCCUACUUGCCACGGUCCUGCCCACUUCGGUAUCCAUCGGGGUUGAGUUAAAGUGGGAUGCAGAUGGGAUGCCGACAUCACGGUUCAAGCUGGCUUGUUUGGUCUACAGCGUGAUGUACAGCAUCGUGAUCUUCUUUCACUUUUCCCUGAAUCACAUCACUUCCGUGCUGGUCGCUGACGUAAGCACAGCGAACUUUCAACUGUUCUUGGAUGCGUUUGGCAAGGACCUCAUGGCGGAUGUGGGCAUAUACUUCCUGGUGGUGUACUACAACUUUUUCGCUUGGGUUCUUCUGUCCAUGGCAGCAGUGAUUGCUGAAUCUGCACAUUGGACGGUGUGGGCUGUUGUAUUUCCGAGCGGCUUGUUGCCGGUUCUUUUUCUGCUGUUCUUUGCAGCUAAUCGUCUUGGCAAGGAUGACUCGGGUCAGAGGCCACGGGUAGCCGAUUGUGCACUCCUGAACCUUCGCCCACUGCUAAGGCUUACGUUGCAUUGUGGACUGAUGAGUGUGGCUCCGGUAGACAUGCAGGGAGUUCCAAGGGACCGUCGCUCUCUGCUUGAAGCUCUUUCGCAGCGUGCCAUGGAGUCCAUGCAGCAAUCCUCUGCGGAGCCCGAUCACUCCGAGUCCGAGGCAGAAGAGGUAGUUGAACAGGUGGACAAAGCUGUCCUUUAG